UCCGCGUCUUGCGCUUCCAGUGAGCGUUCCGUCCAACUCCAUUUCAUUGUUUCUAGAGACGUCUCAAAACAAUCGCUUCAUCCAUCCAACGUCUCAAAACAAUCGCUUCAGAUUCCACUGCCGCGUUCAGUCUAGCUGAAAGCCCUUGCUUCUUUCGCACACGUUACUGACGCAUCUUCUGUAAGACGCUGCCAACUCCAUAUUCCGCUGCCUUCUUCAGUUCAGUCCAGCAAAAAUUUCUCGCCUAUUUUGUACUCAGGGAACUGAUUGGCCAGCGUCCUUCGCACACAACGAUGCUGCUGCGGCGAUCAGUGCCGGCGUUAUCUCGAGCAGCGGCUUCUGCUGCCGCCUCUAGUGCCGUCCUGUCGUCCGUGCUGCAUCGGACGGCUCACGCGCGACAGCCGAUCGCCGAGGUGCCUGCAGCCGUCGAUCUAGUUCACCAGCCGAUGGUGUGCCGCGGAGUAGCUACUGGAUCGGAAGCAGCCCCCCUCUACGACACGCACAUCCCCCUCUCGCCUUUCCAGCGAGCAGCAGUGGCCAUAGGGGCAUCCGUGGGCGCAUUAGCCAACCCCGCACGGGCAGACCUGGUGGCGGCUGUGGGGGAGACGACUGGGGGAAUGGCGCUGGAAAGAAUCAGGCAGCAGAUGAGGGGGUGCGCGGAAGGCAGGGCACUGUUAGAGGAGAGACCCCGCGUGACAGACGCCACACUGGAAGCAGCAGAGCUGUGCGGCAGAGGGACAUUUGGAGCAGCAUACGCCCACUUCAUGCGAUCCCGCAGCUUCCUGCCCCAUGAGAGGCCGCCCGUGCGCUUCAUUGACGACCCCGAGUUGGCCUAUGUGGCCACACGGUUAAGGGAGGUGCACGACUUUUGGCACGCGCUAUUUGCCCUCCCCACCACAGUAUCUGGCGAGCUAGCCCUCAAGGUCAUAGAGUUCUCCCAGACCGGCCUCCCCAUGUGCCUCCUAGCGUCCCUAGGCGCCCCCAUCCGCCUCUCCCCCGCUCGCCGCUCGCUCCUCCUCUCCUCCAUCUACCCCUGGGCGCUGGGGGCUGGCAUCAGAGCGGUGCCGCUAGCGGGGAUAUUCUAUGAGCGGCGCUUUGGGGACGAUAUGAGCGACUUGAGACUGGAGUGGCGGAUUGCCCCGGCUCCACCCCGGUUCUUUGAGAAAACAGGGGUAGUUGCUGCUCCUAUUGCCGCCGAUUCUGGUUCUGCUGGUGCUGGUGCUGGUGCUGUUGUUGGUGCUGGUGCUGGUGUGGGUGCUACUGCAAGCUAGCCAUCCUCUCCUCCAUCUAUCCCUGGGUGCUGGGGGCUGGCAUCAGAGCGGUGCCGCUAGCGGGGAUAUUCUAUGAGCGGCACUUUGGGGACGACCUGAGUGAUUCGAGGCUGGAGUGGCGGAUUGCCCUGGCUCCACCCCGGUUUUUUUAGAGAAAGGGGGCUGAAUAUGUGUCUGCCGCAGCUGAAUCCGAUUCUGCUGGUGCUGGUGCUGGUGCUGGUGCUGGUGGUGGUGGUGGUGGUGAUGGUGGUGGUGUGGGUGCGAUGUGAGUGGGGUUUUGGGAAGAUCUGACUGAAGUUGGAGUGGCGGAUCGACCCGCCUCCAUUCCGGUGCUUUGAAAGGAAAGGUUUCGCUCAGGGCCUCAGAUAGGAUUUUAGGCAUCCUGACCAAUCAGGGCGGGCCCCCCGAGAAACGUGUAGCAGUCAGGGUUGGUCGGAUAUGUUCAUACUGAUUCCUCGGGGUGGUUCUCCAAUAAUACUGUGGCCUUAGGGUACAUUCUGAAACGCUGGAAAGUUUGCGAUGUCACUUUAAAGCCCCAGGUAUUAGAAGACUAGAACUGUAGGAACGAUAGACGGCCAUGGAAUGGCACGAGGGUUUAGCUAGGAGAGGAAGUUGACGAGAGAAAAGAGAUCGAGAAUAGAAGAGAGAGGGAUACAAGGAGGGGGGUUGUACCCUCUACAGUAUGUUUCAGUAACACCUACAAAGCCU